UUGUUUGGUGUUGUUGUCCCUCUCUGUCGCCAACCCAGACGGAAGGAGAGUCCCGCGUCGGCCGCCAUGUCCUCCCCUCCUCAGGACUCGCCUCACAACAACAACAACAACCCGCCUCCGGGGGAAGGGGAAGCGACGCCAGCCGAGGCCGGGCUCAACAGCUCCUGGGUAGAGUUGCAAAUGAAUGGAAAUGGAAAUGGCAAUGACAAUGGCAAUGCAAAAAAUGGGGGCCUGGAGCAUGUUCCCUCUUCAUCUUCUAUCCACAAUGGAGACAUGGAGAAGAUACUUCUAGAUGCUCAACAUGAGUCAGGGCAGAGCAGUUCGAGGGGUAGCUCCCACUGUGAUAGCCCUUCUCCUCAAGAAGAUGGACAGAUAAUGUUCGACGUGGAAAUGCACACAAGUAAAGACAAUAGUUCUCAGUCUGAAGAGGAACCAGUUGAAGGAGAAAAGGAAGUAGAUGUUCUGAAGAAAAGUGCAGAUUGGGUCUCAGACUGGUCAAGUAGACCUGAAAACAUUCCUCCCAAGGAGUUUCACUUUCGGCAUCCUAAACGAGCCGUAUCUUUAAGUAUGAGGAAGAGUGGCGCCAUGAAGAAAGGGGGCAUUUUCUCAGCUGAGUUUCUUAAGGUGUUCAUUCCAUCUCUGUUCAUAUCUCAUGUCUUGGCUUUGGGACUAGGUAUCUACAUUGGAAAACGAUUGACUACACCUUCGGCCAGUACUUAUUGAAAGACGUGAUGCACAAAACCUGGAAAUCCUUGUGGUCUGUGAAGGUGUUGAUGUCACACUAGUACAAUUGAACUUGAGGGAAUUUUAAGCAUGACUUCCCUUCCCAGCCUCCACCUUGUUUUUUUUGUUUUUGUUUUUUUCUUCUUUUCUUUUUUUAACAUAUCCAGGUUCCAGUAACUCUUGGAAUUCAGUAUUGGAACUCUGUGGAGGUGUCUUACUAGUCUUCUCUUCCUUUUCUCUUGCCUCCUUCCACAUCCUGCAAAAAGACACAUCAGAGUUGCCUAACCGAGUUUACAGUUGCUUCUAUGUUUGCAAGGGCUUCUUUCAGUGCAAAAUGCCACCAGCAAAUUAUAGUGUUUAUCAAUGAGGCUGUUGUCUCCACUUUACUACAGCAGGAAGUCAUCUGCACAGUGCGUACUCGAACUGUCGAAUAUAAAAAUCUCUCUUUUCUAAAAAGAAUUCGAGAAUUAACCAAAGUUGGUUGUAAAAAAAAAAGAUGAACUGAAAGUCAUGGGCGAUUUUUUUUCUUCUUCCCUCAAGUAAGAACUGUACGCAAAUAAAGUGUGGCUUUAUUUUCCAGUUCUUCCAAUGUUUUUGCUUUGUCGGGAGGCAAGAACGGCACAAAAAAAAUCAAAGCAGGAUAAAAUUGACUCAUCAGCAACUUUUAAUACUGAGUGGUUCUCAUUAUCUUUUCUAUGGAGGACAGUUGGCCCUCCACGUUCGCGUGGGUCAGGAGCGCAGGACCCCCACAAACAUGGUCCCUCAAACUGUAUUCAAUGCACACAAAAAUACCUGUGUUGGUGGCUUGGCCGAGCCGUGAUGUAUGUCUUCCCCUCCGCCAGUUUGAUUUCCUCCCAGCGACCAAAGAUCUGACUUCAGACUUAACCGAACGCAGAUCAAGAUGGACAACAGUGUCAUCAAGAUCCCCGUUAAAAAUGGCAAAAGGCAGCGGCAAAGCCAACAGCAAAUAAUCAGAUCUGCAAACGUUCAGUUCGCAAAUGUGGAGGAACGACUGUAGUGACUUGUAUCUCUGAGAUAGAAAUAAUUCCAAUACAGCUAUACGACAUUUUCUUUUUAGGAUUGCAUUAUUUGCAUGUGAAGAAGCUUCUGGUAUUCUUUAGUGUUCUAUCGAAUGAAGACUCCUUUUGAAAGUAGUUUGACUUGAAGUAUAUAAUUUUUUUUAGUAUUUAGACUCCAUGUAAAAGGAGGAGCUACUUGGUUUUGGAACCCACUUUGGAUGGUGUCGGCAACUACCUUAACGGCAUCCUAUCUGGGAACAUUCUUGCAGUUUUGUGAGUUUCAUUACUGCCAUUUAAAAAAAAAACCUCUAAUCUCCUUGGAAAUAUCUGAAAUCCUAAGGACCUAUCACUACUAGGCGGUGCAAGUGGUACCUUGAAUAGCUAUGUAGCAGUCUCUCAAAAGGAAACACUCAGCUUGGUCUUCCUUCCCCAAGAUCAGAAACUCGCUUCCAGAUUGCUUUCCACAGAUAGACACAAGCAGACGCCCCUCGGUCGAUCUGCAUUGGAUUUUGAAACAUAGUAUGAUUCCGAAUGAUAGUUUACUCUAUGAAUGACAUACUUUAAUACUACAUAUUUAGGAACACAUUAUUAACUUUAAAACUAGCAAAAUUACAUUCACUGUAGACCAGGUAUGGGCAACCUUGGGCCUUCUAGGUGUUUAGGACUUCAAUUCCCACCAUUCCUAACAGCCUCAGGCUCCUUCCUUUUCCCUGAGUCUUUCUGAGUCUACAAGUCAGCAGAGGAGCCAGCAAGAGAUUUUAAGCCCUGAAAAUGUCCAGUUUGUGUCUGAAGGCCACAUUCCUGAAAGGCAGUUCGCUAGGGAAGCAAGGUCAGGAGCAGAUCUGAGCUCAGAGGAUGGUAAUGAAAGUCCAGGUGGACAGUCUAAUGAGCAGUUAGAUAGGAGAUUUAUGUUCCAUCAACAUAGGGCUUCUCAAAAGAGAGUACGAAGCUUAAGCGGCUGUGGGGGGAAAGGAAAGGGCCUUUGGCUGUAAGGAAUUGUGGGAAUUGAAGUCCAAAACACCUAGAAGGCCCAAGUUUGCUCAUGCCUGCUAUAUAUAAACUGACAGCGAAACCAGACAAAAAAAUUAGAGUUACCAGACCCGUGGAAACACAAGUGCCCAUUUCCCCCUUUUUGCAUCAGACUACUGAAAGUUUUUGAAAAAGAAAGGCUUGUCCAUUUGAGCAUGCUCGCUAACACCAGUGGAAAUCAGUGAAGCAAAGAAGGUAAGCAUUCCUCACAAAUAUUAACUACAGUGCCCAGAAUCCCUGUUGGUGACUUAUUCCUAGGUAAUACGCCAGGUAGUCAGGCACAGGAAUUACAUAGCUAUAGAGAGAGAUCAUUCACAGAUCUGGUGUUGGAGAUAGAUUUUACUGCCUUUGUAGCAGAAACGGGCCAUUUUGCGUCUUCCGACAACGGUGUGGUUAUGGCGACGUAACAAGAUUGUGAUUCUGCAACACAUAAAAGCCUCUCUUAUUGCCUGAUUCUGUUCUAAUGUCUGAGAACACCCCCUCCCCUGGCCCACCACCUCUCUUUGAAUGACAGCACUUAUAUUGUAUUAUCGAAGUCUUUCAUGGCCAGAAUCACUGGGUUGUUGUGAGUUUUCUGGGCUGUAUGGCCAUGUCCCAGAAGCAUUCUCUCCUGACGUUUUGCCUGCAUCUAUAGUAGGCAUCCUGACAACUCUGAAAUGCAAAACAUCAGGAGAUGCUUCUGGAACAUGGCCAUACAGCCCAGAAAACUCACAACAAUACAGCACUUGUAUUGCUUUCAGCUAUUUUUUUUCUGGGUGUGAGUAAUUUUGAAGUGAUUCUAUGCAUUAAGACAAUAGUGCCAAACUUGUGGCCUUCUAGGUGUUUUGGACUUCAGCUCCCAGAAUUCCUGGCCAUUGGACAAGCUGGCAAGGGCUUCUGGAAGUUGGAGUCUGAAACAUCUGGAGGGCCACAAGUUGGACACCUCUGCAUUAAAGAGUUUUUAAAAAAAGAUCAGGUAAUACUAAAUAGUAUUAAAAGCCUGAUAGUACUUCCAUUGCCGAUUCUUGUACCUUGUUUUGUAAAACUCAGUGAAAGGAUAUACAGUAGAGCCUCGCUUAUCCGACAUUCCGUCUCAUCCAAUGCUCUUAUAUAACGCCCCUCUUUUCCUCCAGCAUUUCCCCUUCAAUUAAAGGAGUGCUCCCAACUCUCUCUCCAUUCUCAAUGAGUUAAAAAAGGCAAGACAAGGAGGGGGAGAAUGGAGGAAAGCGGAAAAAGAGGCAGGAGGAAGGGCCCUCCCUCUUUCCCUCUGAUUUCCACACUCCUCUUACUCAUCUGGGAACUUCCUGCUGGGCCACUCUACCCCAAGGCAUUGCCUUGCCUUAACCCUUUGACUCCCUGUUGUUGGAAUUCUAGGUAUCUAGUGCUGCGUUGGAUGGGUAACAGUAGGAGACUCUGUAUUAUCCGACAUUUUCGUUUCUCCGACGUUCUGCCGGCCUGUUUAUGUCAGAUAAGCGAGACUCUACUGUACCAUAUAUCUAUGGAAUUGGGACCAUCUUACAAAAUGAGACAAAUAAAGCUUUGCUCCUUUCCAAAUUAUGCAGUGGUUUAUCUGCAGUGCUGUGUGAAAGAUUGAUCCAUCUACAUGUGUGACUAGGUGACUAACUUUCAUCACAACGUCAGUUGAUGAGCUACUAACGACUGGCACUGCUCAUUGACCUUGUUGCUCAUUCACUUCUUUGCUACUGUUUUCCCAGCAGCUGUGAGAUUAAAAUGGAUGAUGGGUUUGGGGAUUUGAUUUCCUGACCAUUGUUGCAGUGCAGUGAUCUAAAUCAGUAUUUAUUACCAUAAUAACUAACCGUAAGCUUGAAAGAGCGUGACUUUUUGUUUUGUUUUACUUUGAAAUGGGCCAGGUCAUUAUAAUUUGAAAAAAAGGGGUUAUCAAACAUAAAUGUUUGUUAAAAUGAACAUUGUUAAAUAGCUUUAUACCUGUUUACAGUUUUUUUGGGGGGAGGGGGGAACACAGGUCUUGUUUUUCAAGCGAUCAGUGGAAAAAACAGGGCUUGAAAUGUUUGUACGUAGGAUCAAGCAAAAAUGCGUAAACUCGCACAUUAAAAAGAAUGCAGCAGGUUGAACUGCAUUAUGAGCAAAAUGAAAAACCCAUCUAUUUACUAUUUUUAAAAAAAUCUGAAAAGCUCUGUUGGAAUUAACACUUUUUAAAAAGAAAAAAAUACGUUGGUGAAAUUACUGUAGUUAACUGAGCCAAAGUAAUUAAGUAUUCUUCAUAUUUAGUUAGCACUUUGUUACAUUAUUAUAUACAGUUUACAGUACUUGUAUAAGUUGUAGUUCUAAACAUUUUGUGCCAUUAAAGCUGUCAUAAAACUGAA